AUGGAUCUGAUUAGUCUCGGAACAUCUUCUAGAACAGCCUCUCAAAAACUACAUGGAGUUAAGUGGCUGGAUGAGGCCAGUGAUAUGAUGAAACAGAGCAUGGGUGUUCUCCCCUCAGAUGAUGGACAGACCAAUUCAAACAUAGAUUCAGUUCUGCAGAUGGGCACCAAAAAAGGCCAAUCUUGA